CGUGAAGCUGGGAGAGAGAGAGACAGAGAGAGAGCAACUCAGACAUGCAGACUGCACGAACAGAAAGAUGAGGACAGAGGGAGUGAGAGAGAAAGGAGCGAAAGAGGCUGAAGAUAUAUUUGACCGUGUGGGUGUGUGAAAUCUCGAGGCAUGCAUCAUAAUUGUGGCUUCUUCUUCUUCUCGGAGCAGCUGGACAAGUCACUACAUCAGCAAGACACCCGAGGUCUUUCAAAGUGUGCUGUGGUACUUUUAAGCAGUCAGAGCUGAAAGGAAACACAGCGACAAAAUGGAAACCGAUUUGUUUCUGCUGCCUCAAGGACUUCAUUAAGUGAGAAUCUGACAACACUCAGAGACUUAAGUCAUGUCAAAUAAUGAUUUGUGGGAAAUGAUGAUAUAUCUGAACUGUGAGUAACCCAGAAUUCAAGUCAAGAAUUCAUCUGAGAUGGCCGUCAGCCCUUUUGUCAUCUGCCUCCUGACUUUGAUCAGUUGCAGCUCGUCUCAGCCCACUCCCCCACCUCCCCGAGGAUGCAGCGUGGGCGUGGAAGCCCCCUACAGAGUGCUGUGUGACCUAGAGGCGGUCUGGGGCGUCGUCCUUGAGGCCGUGGCCUGCAGUGGCGGCCUCACCUCUUUGGUUCUUGCGGUGUUGCUCAUCGUCAAGCUGCGUGGGGUUUCUGACCCAGCCAGGCGCUCUGGCCUCGGCCCUCUGCUCCUGCUCCUGGGGACCCUCCUCGGGAUCUUCACCAUCUCUCUGGCUUUCUUGGUAGGGAAGACCCAGGUGCUCUGUGUGGUCCGCAGGGCCUUUUGGGGACCCCUCUUUGCCCUCUGCUUCUCCUGCUUACUAGUGCAAGGUGUGAGACUCAGGAGGCUGGUGGCUGGGAAGUCAAGCCCCACUGGGAGCACGCUGGCAGCGCUGGGACUGGCAUUGGCUUUGGUUCAGGGGAUAAUCUCUGCUGAAUGGGUUCUGUUGACUGUCGUGAGAGAGGGUCACCCAGCAUGCGAGUAUCCUCCCUUAGACUUUGCUCUGAUGUGCAGCUACACUCUGGGCCUGCUCCUCAUAGCCAUGGGUCUCUCUCUCGGAGUGGUGCUCUGCGGAGGAGAGUUCGGAGAAGAUGGAGGAGAUGGCAGAGAAGAAGACAGAGAAGGAGAGACUGAAAAGCGACGAUGGAAGUGUAAUGCCGUCUGGGUCUUUCUGUCCAGUUUGGCGUCCGCAUUGCUUUGGGUGGCCUGGCUGGGGUUUUACCUUUACGGCAACCAGGCGUUGAGAGGGAAAGGGAGCAGAGAGAGAGGAGGAAACAAGGAUGCAAAAGUAUUGGAUGAGCCUGCACUGGCUGUGGCCUUGGUGAUCCAGGGCUGGAUCCUGCUGCUGUUCCACGCUAUCCCAGAGUCCCACCUGUGUCUCCAAAAUCCAACACAAUCUGACACGCAAGAUUUCUUCGACACCGGCCGCGCAUCACCUGCUCCUCAUUUCGGAGAUGAUCACCCCGCACAUUCUCACCAGUCUUUUCAAGAGAACCAGGCCUUCUCAAUGGAGGAGCACAGUGCAACUGUCCGAAGUGGGACGUACCACAGCAGCCAUGGCAGCAUGCGCCCAGGCAUCGCCUUCAGAGGCCAUGUCUACCAACCGACUGAGAUGGCUUUGGUCAUGAACGGCGGCGGUACUAUGCCCACAGCUCCCAUUAACUACACUGGGAGGCGCUUAUGGUAACACAAGACAGGAUUACAGUCAAGCCACUUUUGUGAUGCUGAAGAGUUUCCCGUUACCUAAGAAGAAGAAAAAGUAUUUUAAUGUGUUUGUGUUUCUGCACACAUGUUUUAAUAUAUUUAAAAGACAACUGCAAAUAGUAUUUCAGACUAACUUUUUAGCUUAUUUUACAGAUCGAUUUGACAGCACCACAUAAGACAAGGAUGGAGCAUAGUGGCCAUAUUUACACUGAGGAAUACAUAAAUAUGAGGAACAAAGAUUUAUUUGAAUGAGAAUUACUGAACAUGUUGAAUUUGAACAUGUGACAGUCAACCUUAAUGUGCUGAAGUAAACAUCCCAUCUAAGCACCUCGACACCAGUGCCAUGGCAUCUGGUCUCUGUUAAUAAGAGUUAAUAAGUGUCUGUUAAUAAGUGACGCUUACUUCAAUAAACUGCACUUUUGUCAAACUCAGCCUUUUAGGACUUUAAUGUAAAUGACAAGCAGAUGCCUACAAAGCUUGCUUAACCUCUGUGUUGUGUUUCAGGGUUCUUUCUUAGUGACCUUCUGACUCGCUGGGACACUUUGGCACACUUAUUUGAAAACGUUGGAUUAUCAGGUGCUGUUAAGGGGUAAAGAAAUGUCCCAACUUAGUAGUUAUAUUUUAAGUGUUAUGCUAUAAGGAAGCAUAUAAUAAAAGCCAUUUGAUACUGCAAUACCUAACCUGCACAGACAGUCAUCAGUACAGAGAUCAUGGUGAAAUUGUGAGAUUAAAGAUUGUUUAAGUUGCACGUGAAAGCACAAUGUGGGGGGAACAGUAUUUUAUCUAAAUGUUUGCAUUUUAUGGAUGUUUUUUUUAAGUAUUUUUUAUUUAUACAAACAUUUAUAUGUACUGUAUGUUUAAAUAUAUAGCAAAGGGAGUUACUUGUUACAAUGUUUUUAUAGUCAAUUUAUCAUCAUAGAUAAAGAAUUAAUCAAAAUCAGUCAUGUCUAUUUAAAACCAACAUAAACUGGAUGCUGCCUUAUUCAAGAAAAAUGACACUGAUUGCACAUUUUCUCAUAACUCCAGAGUAUCUCAUAAACAAAUUAGUAAUGAUCAAAACGAACCUAAAGAGCAUGCUAGACUUUUUUUAUUGCCAAAUUUGGGGGAUUUGUGGUCUGCAAUUUUACUAAAAAAAAAAAAGAAAAAGAAAAAAAAGAGGUGGUUACAUUUUCUACAUUUCCUCUGUUUAAUAUUAAAGAUGUCAACGCUUAGAACAACCCCAAAUACUCCACUGUGUUGUCCUGGUAGUCAUGCAUGUAUCCAUGCUUCUUUAUUUUACUGUUCGAUUAUUAUUAUCACAAGUUACACCAGUCAAAUUGGAAGACUCUUACAUGCUAGUCUUAUUAAUAGAUGGAUCUCGAUGAAAUGUUUGUAUUAUCAAGAAAUUAUUUGCAGCAGCUGUUCCAGUACAACACUGAAAAUGACAUAUUAUGUGCUUUCACUGCUCCUAGACGGUAUAUUUUUGGUAAUUAGAAACUUUAUGGCUUUAUACAGCGAAUGAAAACCCAAAAAUCCAGUUUCAGAAAUCUGAACAUUGCAUAAGACCAAUAAAAGAAGCAUUUUAAUAUAAAAACAUAUAACCUACUGAAAGCUACUGGACAGUUUGUCCUCUCAGCAUUUAGCAUGAAUCACUGCGUCAGUACAACACGGCAUGGAGGAGACUGGCCUGCAGCUCUGCUUCAGCAGUGAAGGAAGUCCUGCUUGCUCUAAUAGAGUCACUUCGCUCUUUUGCAUUGUUGGCUGUGAUGUCUUAACUUCAUGUAUACCGUCAGUACAGACAACUGGAAAGGUUCAAUAAACAAUUCGGCAUAUCUUUAUUCUUUAUUUUAACUGCUGGGAAAUACAAAGAUAAUGUUUAUUGAUCCCAAACUGUGAAUUUAUAAAAAAAAAAUUAAAAAAAAUCUUAUGUAUGUUGCUUCUAUUACAGUCUUAUUGCUUUGAUAGCUCUAGUCCGAAACAGCUUUUCAAAACCGGUAAUUCAAAACACCAUUUUGUGUACGUAUGAGUAAAGGUUUUUCAGCUUCAUCUCCUGAGCGACAGUGAAUUCAAGCUGAGACAGUAUAUCCAGUUAAUGCGUUGUGUAUGUGACUGUGACCAGUCCUUUUUGCUGUAACUCCAAUCAAAAAUAAGUUAACUUGUCAAUGGCUUUGUUUUUGUGUGCAGGUGAGUGCUUGUACAUUGUUCAAUGAAAAUAUGGGAUCAAUAUGAAAAACUCUGUCUAACCUGACUUUUAACUUUUACUGUAAAGAAAGAAUGCUUUUCAGAUGGAUUUAUAAGAACAAUACUGUCACUGUUUUCUGGCAGCAUUAAAAUGAAUGUUUGUAACGUGACUUGCACUAAGUGGCUAUUACAUCCUUUGCACAGUU